UCCUAAACUGGAGCUUCAGCUCCAACAGAGCUGAAUCAAAGCUCUACAGCUCUGGUUUAUACGCUAAGAUGCUGAGCUUCCGGUCUGAAGGGGGAGGAGUCUAAGAUGCUUCCAGAUGCUUAAAGUCACCUUGAAGGGGGCGGAGCCUCAGGUACGGAUGAGGAUUAGGACUAACUGGUUCAGACUCCAUUUCGCAGCAGAGCAGAGUAUGGAUCAGACGGUUCUUCAUCCUGCCUCCUGUGACCCGAUGUUUGGAUCUGAACCCGAGUGAAGUCCUCCGUCCAUCUGAAGGUCCAGAAGAUGGAAAAUCUGGAUCUAAAAGAACCUCCAGGAUCCAUCAGUCCAUCUAUGAGGAGUGACUGGUCCAAACCAGAACCUCUAGACUUCAGUACUGAACCUGGACCCUCAGACAGAAAGAGCAGCUUUAGUGAUGAGGAGUUGUGCUGUGCUUUGGGUCAGAAUGUUCUGAUGGAUUCGGGUUGGACCAGCUUCUCCCAGUGUGGGAAACAACCCAGAACAGGAUCUGGACCGACAGCCAAUCAGAGCAGCCGUGCUCCAGCAGAUGUUGGUCUGCAGGAGGUUCUAGAGGAACAUAAGAUCAGUCUGAGGAGAAGAUGUGAACGUGUGACUGAAGGAAGUGAUGAAACAGGAAGUAGAACCCUCCUCAAUAGGAUCUACACUGAUCUCUUCAUCACAGAGGGACAGAGUGACGAGGUUAACACCCAGCAUGAGGUGAAGCAGCUGGAGAGAGCUUCCAAGUUCCAGAACCUCCAUGAUUCUGCAAUCAGGGUCCACGACCUUUUUAAAGCCUUCCCUGAUCAACAUGGACCCAUCAGAGUGGUUCUGACCAACGGCGUUGCUGGUGUUGGAAAAACCUUCUCAGUGCAGAAGUUCACUCUGGACUGGGCUGAGGGCUUUGAGAACCAAGAUGUCAGUGUGGUGGUUCUGCUUUCGUUCAGGGAGCUGAACUUGAUCAGAGAUCAGCAGCACAGUCUUCUCUCUCUGCUCCAUGUUUUCCAUCCAACACUCCAGAAGCUCCCAGCAGAGCAACUGGCUAAAUGCAAACUCCUCUUCAUCCUUGACGGUCUGGAUGAAAACAGACUUUCAUUGGACUUCAACAACAGUCAUCUGGUUUCUGACGUCACACAGAAAUCAUCGGUUAAUGUUCUGCUGACAAACCUCAUCAAGGGGAACCUGCUUCCCUCGGCUCUCAUCUGGAUAACUUCCAGACCUGCAGCGGCCAAUCAGAUCCCUCCUUCAUGUGUUACCAGGGCAACAGAAGUACGAGGCUUCACCGACGCCCAGAAGGAGGAGUACUUCAGGAGGAGGUUCAGUGAUGAAGAGCUGUCCAGCAGAAUCAUCUCCCACAUCAAGACCUGCAGGAGCCUCCACAUCAUGUGUGGAAUCCCAGUCUUCUGCUGGAUCACUGCUACAGUUCUGGAGAACAUGGUGACCUCAGAGCAGAGAGGAGAGCUGCCCAAGACCAUGACUGACAUGUACUCUCACUUCCUGCUGGUCCAGACAAAGAGGAAGAAGAACAAGUACCAUGGAGGACAUGAGACAAGUCCACAGGAGCUGAUGGAGGCUGACAGGGAAGUUCUUCUGAAGCUGGGGAGGCUGGCGUUUGAACAUCUGGAGCAAGGAAACAUCAUGUUCUACCAAGAAGACCUGGAGCAGUGUGGUCUGGAUGUCACAGAGGCCUCAGUGUACUCAGGAGUUUGUACAGAGAUCUUCAAAAGAGAGAGUGUGAUCUUCCAGAAAUCAGUCUACUGCUUUGUUCAUCUGAGCAUCCAGGAGUUUCUGGCUGCAGUCUACAUGCUCCACUGCUUCACCAGCAGGAAGUCAGAGGAGAUCAAGACGUUCCUGGGAGAAAAAUACAGAGAAACAUCUCUAGAUGAGUUCAUGAAGAAAGUCAUGAAGGAAUCCCUCAGCAGUCAAAAUGGCCACCUGGACCUGUUUGUCCGCUUCCUUCAUGGUCUCACUGUGGAGUCCAACCAGAGACUCUUAGAAGAUCUGCUGGGUCAGACAGAGACCAGACCAGAAACCAUCCAGAGAAUCAUCACCAACCUGAAGAAGAUGAACACUGAUAGAAUCUCUGCUGACAGAAGCAUCAACAUCUUCUACUGUCUGGUGGAGAUGAACGACGUCUCAUUUUAUCAGGAGAUCCAACGGCUGCUGGAUUCAGGGAAGGAGCUCUCAGAGUCUGACUGUUCAGCUCUGGCCUUCAUGCUGCAGAUGUCAGAGGUUCUGGAUGAGUUGGACCUGGAGAAGUACAACACAUCAGAAUCAGGACGACUGAGACUGCUUCCAGCUGUGAGGAACUGCAGAAAGGCUCGACUUGGUGGCUGUUUGCUCCGAAAGGAUGAAUGUGAAGUUUUGGCCUCGAUUCUGAAGUCCAACCCAGAUCUGACUGAACUGGUAAUAAAUCAGAUCUACAUACUGGGAGGUGGAGACUCUGAUAUGAAGCAUCUGGUUGAGAUCCUGGAGAAUUCAGUCAGUAAAGUGAAGAUUCUGAGUUUGGACUGCAGUUUAUCAGAGACCAGCUGGACGUCUCUGUUCUCAGCUCUGAAGUCCAACCCGACCAUCUGACAGAACUGGACCUGGACAGAACCAACCUGGGAGAUUCUGGACUGAAGGAGUUCUGUGGUUUUCUACAGACUGAAGGCUGCAGACUGGAGACAUUGAGGUUGAAUGAAUGCAGUUUGUCAAAGAUCAGCUGUGAUGAUUUGGCCUCAACUCUGAAGUCCAACCCGACCCGUCUGACAGAACUGGACCUGAGAGAAAACAGCCUGAAGGAAUCAGAUGUUCAGCAGCUGAAGGAUCUUGUAGCGACUUUAAAGUUCUGAUCUCUGUAAAGUAGAGAACGUCUCUGUGUCCUGCUGAUCCUCACAGGUUGAAGCUGCAGCAGUUUGAGUCUAAAGAGACUCUGGAUCAUGAUUAUGACCUCUGACCUCAAAGAUUUUCCUCCUGUUUAUUUUCUCAUGUCUGUCAUUUAGUCUCUGAUAUUGUUUGUCUCUUUGGAUCAAUAAAGAUCUGAUUCAAACUGGGCUCCAUUUAGAGGCUUCAUGGAGUUUUGAUCUGAACUGGAUUCAACUGAACUGGAAAGUUGAUCUUUUUUCUCUCUGGUUCAUUUUCAUCCUGGAACCAGAAAUGGUCUGAGAAUGGAAACAUGGGAAUCAUUUCCAGUUCAGCUUUAAAGUCAUGAAAGACACUUCAUACCUCUUUUCUCUGCUGCUUCUUCCUUCUGUUGACAUGAAAAUGUUCCUUAAAGCUCCACAGAUAAAAAGAUGUUUUACUGGAAACGGCAGAGAAACUUCAGCUUCCACCACAGAAACCAGUUUAACCAGUUUAGAACUGGAUGUCCCACAGAAACUCUGAUCUUGGAGCAGUUUUCAGGAACAUCCAUCUUUUAAUCUGAAUAAAUAUACAUAUAUAUUUUAUAGUCAUUAUAAAAGUAUUUAAGUAAUCAAGUUUUGCAUCAUAGUCAUUGAUUCUCACUGCUAUAAUAUUUCUCAGUUUGUUUUUGGUGGUGAACUUUUUCAGUUUUCCAGUUAAUCUAGAGAACAUUAGGGGGAAUGGAGACUCAAUAUGUCACAUCAGGCUCUUUACUGUGGUUGUGCUGAUUUAUUCAGAAUUCAUGGGAUAACGUGGUGACUGGUUCAUAUUUUGUUCAUAUUUAUUUUAAUGUAACGUGGGUUCCUCUGUGUUUAAUGAUGAGCUAAUAAAGUUUUUCAUAAUGUUUUUUGUGGGCGUUUUAUGCAUUUUAUUUUGUACAAAUAUUGUAACUACAUCUUUAUUUUAAUCCUCUGUGCUGUUCAGCUUAUUGUAUUCAGAUUAACAAUAAAUCCAAAUAUAUUUUGAUUUUGUAUCUUUUGUUUGACAGUUUAUUUCAAUAAAAUCAGAAACAUC